AUGCAAGUUUGGACACAUGAAAUUGAUGCACAUUUGGCUCAAACAGAAGAUAGAGCGCAACUUGAAAAACUAGAACAACAAAUUUUUCAUGAAUAUAAUGAAAUUAAAGCAGAGAUUGAAGAUAAUGAAUUAAGAUAUAAUCUUACAUUUACUCGUCCAUUUAGUUCUUAUCUUAUACCAAAAGAUCCCGGACAUUUAGGACGUGAACGUCGUCUAUAUUUUGAACGUCUUGCUCAUGUUCGAACUGUUCCUGAUGUACUUGUUUUAUGUGAUGAAUUUCGAAAUGAAUUAGAUACAUGUACACCAAUGAAUAGUGAUUUUACACCUGAAUCAUUACCAUUAUUAUUACAAGCAUUUUAUUUAAAAAGAUUAUCUUCAUUAACAUAUGCUAAAACUUUACAUAGUGUUCGAUGGAAACGUUUUUGUCGACAACAAAUACAAUUUAUACAAGUCGAACAACAAUUUAAUGAAAGAUCAGCUAGAAUUUUAGCAGAAUUUAAUGAUGCUCUUCAACGAUCACAACGAUUGAGUACAAUGAGAGAAACAUUAUUAGGACCACCAGUUACUUCAUCAAAAAAUAUAAAUCAGCCACUUAUAAAUGAUGAUUAUGUUGCUUAUGUACGUUAUCUUGUUUGUCAAUAUCGUGGACAAAAAUAUAUGGAUCAAUUAUCUGAUUUAGUUCGUAUAUCACAUUUAAAAUUUCGUACACGUCAUUCAUCUGAUACUCAAACAUUAACAAUUAAUCUUCAAUCACCAAUAUCACCAUUUCAAACAACAACCGGUUUAUAUAAUGUACCAACAAUUGAACUUGAUCAAAAACAAACACUUGAAAAACUUAAUAUACUUUUUCGUUUUUAUUCAUUACCGUUAGAUACAUCAAAAAUUCGUACAUCUGGUGAUGAAAUGGAAUUAUAUGCAAAUAUAAUUCGACAUUAUCGAACAAUAUUUUCCGAACAAGAAAAAUGUCGACCAAUUAUUCUAUAUGAAUCAGCUAAACCAAAAGUAAUUGCUCAAGCACGACAAUCAUCUAAUUAUGAAUUAAUAAAAAAAUCUUCAUGGAUUAAUUUUAUUACAAUGAAACCUGAACGUGAUUCACAACGUGAACGAGAUUAUUGGAAAUAUGUUAAAGGUGGAAAAAAUGAUGAAUUAUUAAUGAGAAUAGUAGAAUUUAUACAUGUUAGAAAUGCUGAUAAAGCAGCUAGUAUACUUAAACAAUAUUUACUUGCUGUUAAAGUUAAAAAAAGUACAGCAUUAAAACAAAUUUUAGAUAAUUCAACAACAAAUUCAACUCAAGCAAUAGCUAUGGCUGAUAUUUUUUGGAAAAAUAUUUUUGAUAUUAAUUCAACAAGUGGAACAAAUUCUGCAGAUGAUCCAGAUAACGAUAAUAGUGAUAAUGAUGAAUUACAAGGUAUGAAUUCAUAA